AUGGGCUUUUAUAAGGCAUAUUCCUGUUUACUGUUAUAUUCGCUGCUGGGUGUGUGCACCCUGCGUCAUUGUUGCGGGUUUGGAUUGGAGGACGACCAGCCUGCAACGCUGCUCAUAGAUGCUUCACCGCAGUCAGCAAAGAAGAUACCUGACACUCUGUUUGGCAUAUUUUUUGAGGUCAGUCAGACAUGCAGUAAGAUUGGGGCCUAGUCAUACAGAAAUUUACUUGUCUACAGACAUUUAUUUCUUGGAAUUAUGUGCUUCGUUCCAAUGGAAUGGUUUACUGUUGAAUGCUAGGUAUGAUAUACUUUAUGAAUAAUUUAGGCUGAAAAGUGAAAACAUCAGAUGCCAUGGAGCGUUUUUUACUUUGGCUAUCUUAUAAUUAUCUUCGCUACAGCUUUUUUAUCGUUAUUUAUGUACUAUGGCGAGUGUUUGUUUCAUAAAUAUCUCAAAUCCACUCAAUUUUUGUUAAUUUGAUAAUUACCUUAAUACCAAAGGAACCACUGUUCAGCUUUCGGAUGUUUGCCAAGACACAUUUUUUGGAUCAUGGAAUUUUUUUUCUACAAACUUCGAGACAACGAGUGCUGAAGGAAUUGGGAUUUUUUUUAUCUUGGUGUAGUAGUAAACGGAUAAUAAUGAACCUUCUGCCAUCCGGAUUCCCUAGUGACCAAAGCGGGUUUAUCUCGAAAGUAUCAUUUUGGCGUUUCAAGAAUUCGUUACUUGUCAAAUUAUGGUUUUCUUAUCUGCCUUAUAGCUUUCCAUUACCUGAUGUUUAUUUAUUGUUAUAAGUACUUGUCCGCUGGUGUCAUUAGUCUGGGCGUAAGUUAGGACGAGACUAUAAAAUCCAACAUAUUAACCCAAGCGUUAAUAUUGAUGUCUAAAUGAUCUCGAAUUUCCAAUCUCUGAGUCCAAAAUAUUCGAGAAGAUAAUGGUGAUUUGACUUCCAAAAUAUUGCUCAAGUCCAAAAUAUUCGAGAAGUCAAUAACAUAUGGUGGCUGCAGCGAUGGGGUUUUGCUCCACAGGUUUAUAAUAUCUGCUAGAAAUAUGGAUGUGGUUUAAUUCAGGUAGCUCUUGGAUUUCUUGGAUCGAAUGUGCCGUGAAAUGUGCAGUUGGUCCUCUUGUUUUAUCUCGUGGACGAAGAGAUUAUUACAUCCGACAACAGCCACUUAUUUGAGUUGUACACUUUAUUGAAAGCUUUUAAAUUUGAAAACAUUAGUUGACAUCUGAGAGUAAUUUGUCCCUGAAAUGCCAUCUGUAGGAGAUCAACCAUGCAGGAGCAGGUGGAUUAUGGGCAGAGCUUGUGAGCAAUAGAGGUAUUGUGUAUUGUCAGACCAUGUUGUCCCAGUCAAUUCAAUGGGAACGUGAAAGAUCAGAUUAAUACAAUCAUUUGAUUUUAGUUUUCUCAUACGAAGAAUAUAAUCUUCUUGGAAUGGCCAUUAUUCGUGCUAAGAAUUAUAGAAGAACAGAUUUAAUCAACCAUGCAAGAACAAUUUUUCGCAUUAAGAAUGCCCAUUUUUUCUACUAAGAGUUAUACUUAAGCCGUCACACAUUCUUCUUCUGUUGAAGACCUCAUGUAUCCCCUUUUUCAGGCUUUGAAGCAGGAGGGCCCAAUACCCCAUCAAACAUUGAUCCUUGGUCUAUCAUUGGGAAUGAAUCGUCUGUUAUUGUAUCAACUGACCGCUCGUCAUGUUUUGAGCUUAACAAAGUUGCACUUAAGAUGGAGGUAGUAUGUGACAAUGAGGGACCAAAUGCAUGCCCACCUGAUGGCGUUGGUAUUUACAACCCUGGUUUCUGGGGCAUGGUAUGUCUUUUAUGAUUAAACAUUUUAUCUUGUUUAAUACAGAUAACUCAUUUUCUAUUGCUGGAGAUUUUUAUCAUCAUAUAGUGCGAUGUGCCCCAACGCUCGAACUUGGUUGUUCCAUUUUAUUGUGGAGUUCCCUUUUUCCAUCUUCUUUUCAUUGUGUCUAUUGCUUGCUUGUGUUACGAAAUUAUUUUCAUCAUAUCGAUUGUGUACUUGCGUUAUGAAAUCUUCUAAGCUUUUAUGCAAUCAAAAUGUUCUCCAUUUAUAUUACUUAAUAUUUUUCUCAAUCUGGAGUUAAAUCCGUAUUACUCAAUCUCCAUUUAUCUUAUUUCUACAUCCUUAUUUUCUUUUUGUGAUAACUCAGAAUAUUCAAGAAGGAAAGACCUACAAAGUGAUUCUGUACAUCAGGUCAUUAGGACCGGUAAAUAUAUCAGUUUCUCUCACAAGCUCAGAUGGGCUGCAGACUCUUGCUUCUUCAAGAAUUCAGUAAGAAAUUCUUUGAGGCCAAUAAGAUAGGACCAUGUUCUGAGUAUCGUUCAUUUCAUUCAUAUGGUUAUUAUUUCUAUCACAGAGCUACAUAUUUUGAAGUGUCGAACUGGAAGAGAAUAGAACUUAUUUUGGUAUCAAAAGCGACAAACAAGGAUUCGAGAAUUCAGUUGACGUCCAACGCCAAGGGAAUAAUUUGGUUUGAUCAAGUAUCAGUUAUGCCUUUGGACACAUACAAGGUAUAUGCUACUUUGACACACGAAAAAAAAUCUUGAAUGUCUUAGUUUUUGCGGAAAUCAGUUCGUGAAAUUAGUAAAGAACCACGAAGAAAAGAAGUGCCAAAUCAUUGAAAUAACAAAAGAUUUUUCUUUUAAAUUUUUUAUAAAAAAUUUGCUUGGAAGUGAAGACUCUUAUGCAAUAUUCAUUUUCAUGGUAUUCUUUUUAAAGGCCUCCAGGAAACGAUCAUUCUUCAAUCGGUGUUCUAUUAUGAAGCAAACUUAUUGAAAAUAAUCCUUAAUGUCUUUCCUUUCACGUGGAAUGCCUGGCAGAUCGAUUCUGAAUAUUUAUCUAGAAGCUAGUGAAGUUGGAUUUUGAAUGUUUUGAAGGCACCCAUUUCAUUGUUUUUUUCAUUUUCAGGUAACAAUGAAUGUGCUUAAACAUUCGACCUGCAUAAACUUUGAUGUUGUUUUCAUGAAAAUUUUCUACAGUUUUCUGCUGGCAAUGUUUUUCUUUUUGAAUGUGUUCAUAUUCCUGCUUUACUUUUAACAUGUAAGUGUUUCUUCUUCUAGAUUUUAUGGGUCUUUAGGGACCGCUAAGUCUCCAUGUUCUUAGUCUUUGACUCAUUGACCAACUUGGUUCUUUGACAAACCAAGUUGUUUAUUUUCAGUGUGCUUUCAGCUACAGGUGCUUCCUAACCUAAUUACAAGUUGAUAUUCUCUUGUUCGUAAUUUUAAAAUGCAAGGCAUUUAGGGGAGAGUAAAGCUUUCGUUCAAUUUAUAUUCUUUCAAUCCUGAAGCAACUCUUCCGGAUUAUUCCUACACCUUGAUGAAUAUUCAUUUUUGGGCUGUUUACUUUUUUUGUCAUUCUCAUUAAGGAAUCUACUACACUUGCGAUGUCAUUUUAAAUUUAUAAUGUGAAACAAUGAAUUUUCUGUAAUGCAGGGACAUGGUUUCCGUCAAGAUCUCUUUGAAAUGCUGGCAGAUUUGAAACCUCGAUUUCUAAGGUUUCCAGGUAUUUCCCAGAACUUGCUUCUAGAUUAUCGAUGCAUUUUGAAUUAAACAGAGUUCUUCGCUUAGGUAUUCAUCUCAUUUGAUAGAAGUGCGUAGUGAGCAUGGCCUUGUUUCUCCAACAGCACGCAUAUUAGAAUUAAUUCAAGUUGCAGGUCUCGUCUGAUGAUUAAACAGAUUAAUGAGUUUUUUUUUUUUGGCUGUUGGAGAGUCGCUAUGCAGUUGAUUCUAUAUAUAAUAUGGCCCGUUUUGGAAGAAACUAACCUUUACUGAAACAGGCUAAAAAUCUGUUUUGAAGAGGACAGAUUGAAAAUCAGCUGUCCGAAGCUCACAUUUUCAGGGCUAGUUCAUUGUUUUACUUGUUGAUAUAUUGUUCUUGCUCGGUAGGGAUUAAUAUAUUUUUCUUGUAUUUUAGACAUUGUGUUCUAUUUUUUGCAACCAGUAAAUAAAUUUUUGGAUUUCCUCUUUGGAAGCUUAUCAACUGACAGUGACCUAAUUUCACCUCUUGUCAUUUGUUCUGAUAGGUGGUAGUUACGUUGAAGGUUCCUGGUUGAGUAAUGCAUUCCGUUGGAAACCAACCAUUGGUCCAUGGGAAGAGAGAUCUGGACACUUCAAUGAUGUCUGGAAUUACUGGACAGAUGAUGGACUGGGCUAUUUUGAAUUUCUUCAAGUGUGUUUCUAUGAAACUUUUUGGUUUAUUUUAUUUUCAGGCCUUCCCUGGUAAACCAUAUUGAAACAUUCACAAAAAAUUAACCUAACACAUGUUGGUAUUGUCUCACUGCAGCUUGCCGAAGAUCUUGGCGCAACUCCUGUGUGGGUCUUUAAUAGUGGUACUUCCAUUUCCAUAUUUAUAUUUUUAGAACAAGAAAAUAGCGUUGCUGUUAGCUGUUUGAUUUUUUUUAUGUUGUCUCACCAAUGUUUGACUUGUAUGGAUCCUUUUUCUAUUUGAACGACAAUUUAUUUUCUUUGGAAUGUAGGAAUCAGCCAUAAUGAUGAGAUCGAUACACUCGAUAUUUCAUCUUUUGUGAAGGUAUGCCAUCUGACUUAUUGCAAUGAACUCUUUAUUGAAUAACUCUUCUAUUUGGAUGGUAAUUAAUGUGGUCAUUAUGAAGUACGCGAAACCCAUGUAUACUUCAUUUAUUUAUACAGGCAUGAGAGUUAUGCACUUGAAUUUAUUUCUACAUGUGAUCUAUCUUUUUAUCAUAGGUUUAUGGAUUUGGUUAAAGUCAACUCUGGGUUUCAGGGUCCAGUGUCUAAAUCUUCAUUUGCUUUGCUCAUUUAUACAAUAGUCGCAUCAGAAUUCUUGAAUGAAUAAAUGGUAUCGAGAAAGAAGAUCACAUUUUGUUCUACCACUGAAGUUUAUUUUUCUAUGGUUUCUACGGUUUACUGAUCAGGGACUCGAGUCAUAUUUACGCAACAUUUAAAUCAUAAAAUUUCUUUAUCAAGACGUAUUUUGGAGAAAUUUGAAGUGUAUAUUAUUUUUCUUCUACACAAUUUUUUGACUGUACCAGAUGUAAAAUUUUGGCUUUGUGUUAGCUUCUUAUGAAAAUUCCAAAAGGGAAUGCUGCAUGAAUUCAAUUCAAACUUCGGCUAAACUUGUAAAAUCGUGGUCUCUGCCAAUUUUUAGUCACCUGGUAUGCAAAGCAGGGUUUCACAACUAAAAUUCAUGGAUGAAUGAUCUACAAAGGUGAUGCUUUCAUUUUUACUGAUAGAAGCCAAUCUCUGCUCAGUCAGAUUCUUUUUUGCUAUCCUUUUUUACAGUUUAUUUUGGAAAAAAAAGAAAUCAGGUCUUCGCUCUGUAGGUAGGUAGUUAGACUUUUGAAGCGAAUUAAUUGUGCUUCGUCGAGUCAGAAUUUCAGUCCAGACGCAAUUUUUUUAAAAAGACUGACAAUAUUAGCUAGCUUAUGCUUAAUCAACUCAUAAUAACUGCUGCUGUGCAAUAUGUUAGUGUCUGUCUAAUCCCGAAUUCUCUUAAAAAACUGGAACCGUGAACGCUGAUACUUUGUGAUCUGAUAAAUAAAUUAUGUCAACGCAGGAUCUUCUCGAUAGCAUAGAAUUCGCUAGAGGGUCUUCUAGUUCAACAUGGGGUUCUGUUCGAGCAGCAAUGGGCCAUCCAAAACCCUUUGACUUGAAAUACGUCGCAAUUGGGAACCAGGAUUGCUCGAAAAAGAACUAUAUAGGUGAAUUCUAUAACCUUUUUUUUUUUUUUACGUAUUUCCGUUUGUACAAAUUAUUCAAUAAUGUGUCCGGUCAAACUUUUUUUAAGAGAGGGAAUAACAGAAAACAUCACAUGGGCAUAUCUCAUGUGGAUUUAAUCACAUUUAUAAAAAUGUUUGUAAUUAUCGGCUGUAGUGUUUCAUAGCUGUAUCUCUGAUAUGCACAUAUGCUAAUGAUAUAUUGAUUAAGUAUGAAACACCCUUGUAUUGUUAUUGGCGAAUCUUCUAUUUAUCAUUCCAGCGCAAGGAAGUUUCCAAAGUUAUUUUCGAGAAGUAACCUGAAAUGAGGAUACGUUUACUGUGAAAGGAAAUGGUACAUAAUAUUGAAUUACUUUUGAGUUCUAACACAUGGAUAUCUCUAAAACAUGUCGCAUGCGUUAUCAAUUCAUAAAAAGGAGUUCGAAUCAACCAAGUCGAUCAAGAUGCGCAUUGCAUAAACACUUAAAAACAUUUUGAUAGUCUUGAUAGUCUGAAGCCUAGGGAUUGAUAAUUCCUUGAACAUGUACUUUCUUUGCAUAAAAUUCAGGACCUUGAAAUCAGGUAAAGUGGCGUGAGUUCUAGAGAUUCCUUAGCAAAGACGGCAAAAAUUUUAGUUGUCGCUAUUGUUGUGGUUUCUGACUCAACCUACUAUGUCUGUCUGGGACUAGGGAUUCGAAACUGCAUGCGAUUGAUUCGUUCUGACAAUUCUCAGCAAUCUAAACACUGCUCUCUUCCUUGCGUAUAUUGUAUCCUGCUUACUAGUCAAAAUAACAUUGGACUAAUCAUGUCUUCGUCCCCAAUUUAUUAGCUAGAAAUCAAGUUAUUUCCUUAAUUGACGACUAAGAGGCCAAGUACGAGUGCAGUAGGCCGUUCCUUUCGAAAUUUUCGAUUAUUUGAAAUUUUUUCCUCCCUGAUGUGCUAUUUUUUUUCUUUAAGCAUUGCAUUAUCCAAUUUUUGUCAAAAUGCGUUAUUCUUUAUUACCUUAAAAAAAUAGAUAGGCCAUUCAUCAUCAUGAUGAAUUUUAUAAGAAAUCAAAAUAUUUUUAUGCUGUGAUCAUCAUGCAAGUUGAAGCUUUGAUUAGAUGCAUGAAUUUGUUUAGUUUUGAGCACAUUACUAAGUGAUAUGAUUUCAUACUGAAAUAUAAGUAUAUUUUUAAACGUGAUUUGAUACUCAUUUCUGACUUCUGAAUAGUCUCAUACUAAUUACUAAAAAGAAAAUAUGUGCUUACAAAGAUGUUUUCAAAAAAAAAAAAAACAUUGCAAAACAUUCAUGGUACCGAAGUGGGAAUGCUUUCUUUCUUUCUUAAAAUGUUCUUGCUUUUUUCGUAGAUUACUACCUUUUCGUCCUUGUAGAAAUUGGCAAGAAGGUUUACAUUUUCAGAAAGAAGCCCAGUCCACGCUCUCUAACCUACUCCAGUGAUCAGGAAACUACAACAAGUUCUACUCCGCACUGAAGACGGCAUACCCAGAUAUCAACGUCAUCACCAACUGUGACGCCUCCUCCGGCAGGUUGGAUCAUCCGGCAGAUCUGUACGACCUCCAUGUAAGAACAUGUGGGGAUGAUUUCCUUCAAUUUUUUCGAGAAAUCUCAAGAGAUAUCGAGAAAAAUCUGAAUGGCCCACCACUUUGAUCCUCGGACAGGUUUACACCUCUGCCAACGGCAUGAUCUCAAUGGCCCACCACUUUGAUCACACACCGCGCGUCGGUCCGAAGGUACGACCCAACAGCAUCAGAUACAUAACGUUGACCCUUUUUUAGAACAACUUGAUGCAAUCCACCCCGACGGGAUGAACCCUAGGCCUUCGUCAGCGAGUAUGCUGUCACCGGAAGGGAUGCUGGAAGAGGGAGCCUUUUGGCGGCACUAGCGCAGGCCGCGUUCCUCAUCGGUCUGGAAGUAAACAGGUGCGCCUUUUCCCUUCCGUUGACUCUUGUUAUUGACGUUGACUUCGGAUGGAAUGAGUGGAGUGCUUUCCCUCUUGGCUCGCUGCAGUGAUGUCGUUGAGAUGGCCAGCAAUGCGCCGCUUUUGGUCAACGACAACGAUUGGCGGUAACCUCUGGCCUCCGUGUUUUCUCUUCCUUCGAGCCUCCUCCGCUGCCACUUUUGGGAAUUCUUCCUGGGUUUCCGAGUCUUCUCCGGACUGAAGCGACCUUCUAAAUUUAGGUUCACUCCAGAUGCCAUCGUCUUCAACUCAUGGCAGCUGUACGGAACUCCCACCUACUGGAUGCAGCAGUUCUUCACGGAAUCGAGUGGCGCGGUCAUAUUCCCCAUUAAAAUGGUUUCCAACCCUUCGAACUCGUUGGUUGCGUCUGCGAUCAAGUGGCGAUGCUCGGAGGACGAGAUCUACUUCAGAGUCAAGGUAAUUCCUCUCAUAUUGGGUUGACCACUGAAUUGACUUCUGCCGGCUUGCACGAGUCAGAUCACUGAAUUCUCGACGCAGGUUGUCAACGUUCUGGCUAAAACUGUGAGUGUGAAGAUUUCCGUGACCGGGUUGGAUGCCUCGGUCAACCCUCUGAUGUCGUUCAAGACCGUACUCACCUCAAUCAAUCCAAUGGACGAGAACUCCUUCGGUGAACCCGAGAAGGUAACUACAUCCCGUUGACCUCUCCCCCUCGUUCACCCUUCUCCUUCAAAUCCGGGGGCCAUUGAGAUCCCGUGCUCCGCAGGUGACGGCGAAGGAGAUGAGCUUCCCAAGCGCCUCAACAGAGAUGAAUGCGCUUCUCCCCGCCCAUUCCCUCACCUCGUUUGACCUCUUCCUCGCUCCGCUGACCUCCGCUUCGUGA